AAUGCGCUACAAUGUUUGUUUCUGAGCACGCGUUGCGCGUCCGUCAACGCCGAGUUAAAUGCUUCAGAACUACGUAAAAGCCGCGCAAUGGAAAAGUUCUGAAGCCGCGAUUUAUCCCUUCAGAAUGCGAGCGAAGUGGUUGAUGUGCAUCUACUGCUGCGAUGAGUUCGAAGACCCGGCUUUAUUCCGCAAGCACGUAGACGAGGCUCAUGAGAAUUUCACAGUAUCGACAGCGUUCACGCACCUCGGCCGAGGCAAAAAUUACCUGAAGGUUGACUGCUCAAAUAUGAAAUGCAGAAGAUGCUCCGAACCUGCCGAUACUCAUGAGGAAAUGACCUCGCACAUCAUCGACUACCACCGUAACAAAUCCACUUACCAAAUGAACUUGGAAUACCAGAUAGGGCUUCACCCUUACAGGUUGGAGAAGGACCGGUGGAUGUAUUUUCUUUGUCGCGAAAAACUACCUUCUCUGAUCAAAUUAUGUCGGCAUACCACUUCCCAUUACUUGGAUUACACGUGCGACACGUGCGGCAGGCGGUAUCUGACGGUUGACGCUCUUAAAUACCACAUUAAAUGCAGUCAUACCGGACGCUACUACAUAUGCAGGAAAUGCUGGAAGGGUUUUCCGUCGCCCCAAACGAAAAGGGAACACGUGAAAUCAACAAAAACGUGCUGGCCCUUCUCUUGUGUUUACUGCGGCGAUAGGUUCCUGUCGUGGGAACAAAAACAAAGGCACUUAGUCGAGAGUCACGGACGUCCUGAAACUUCGUACACGUGUCCAGAAUGCACAUUAGUGUUUCAGUCACGCAAACUAUUCUACAACCAUUACAAGGUGUCACAUACUGAUGAUAGUUUCAUGUGUACCUGCUGCGGACUCAGGUUCGAGUCUAAGAACCGCCUGGAAGACCACGGAUUAGGUCACACGGGCGAGAAAACAUUCAAAUGUCACGUCUGCGAAAAGUCCUUUCUGCGUAAGAAGAGUCUAACUCAGCAUUUGUGGAUACACAGCGACAAUAAACGUUUCGUUUGCGUUCUAUGCGAGAAACAAUUCGCUCAGAAAGUUAGCUUAAAAUGUCACAUGAGGUCCCAUCAUCUUGACGUCAAUUUGGAAAUGUAACGCUCAAUCGAAUAUGUGGAUUAGAAGUCCUAGUUGUAAAAUUAAAAAAAUAUAAAUAUGCAUGGUCUUUUGAGUGUUUCAUUAGCCUUGUCGUGUAUCAGGUCAGCGUUAGUCGCCGAUUAUAAGGCGUUUGGAAUCAAACUGACUAUUUUCUUUGUUUGUUUUUAGGGUCCACACUGCGAUUACGCGGACGCAAUGAAAAUGACCAUGAACCAAAAAAGAAAAUUGUCCUUGUUUAC